GCAGAAGCGUUCCAGAAAAGGGAUAUUACUCUCUAACGUAAAGAGGUGGCUAGGUAUGGAAAUGUUGAGAGGGUUGCCAUGUUGGUGGAACACAGUGCUGCGUUUGAUGUUGUUGUUGGGUGCUUUCUGGAAAACCAACGGACUGGCGAAACUGCCACCGAAUACGACAGCUCCGCCGGCGGUGAUAGCGUUUGGAGAUUCAAUAUUGGACACCGGCAAUAACAACAACAUUAAAACUCUCGUCAAGGCCAAUUUCCCUCCUUACGGUAAAGAUUUUCAGGGAGGCAUGCCCACCGGCCGAUUUUGCAACGGCAAGGUUCCUUCUGACCUAUUAGUUGAAGAACUAGGGAUUAAGGAGUAUCUGCCUGCAUAUUUGGAUCCAAACCUGAAGCCUAGUGAUCUUCCAACUGGGGUCUGCUUUGCCUCUGGUGCCUCAGGCUAUGAUCCUUUGACACCCAAAAUAGCGUCAGUGAUACCAAUGUCGGAUCAAGUAGAGAUGUUCAAGGAAUACAUAGAGAAGCUAAAAGGAGUGGUGGGAGAGGAGAGAACAAAGCACAUAGUGGCGAAUAGCCUGUAUGUGGUGGUAGCAGGAAGCGACGACAUAGCCAACACUUACUUCAUUGCACGCGUCAGACAACUUCAGUAUGACAUUCCUUCUUACACUGAUCUUAUGGUUAACGGAGCCACUAAUUUCUUGAAGCAAAUAUAUGAGCUUGGGGCAAGGAGGAUCGCAGUGCUGAGCGCACCACCAAUCGGAUGCGUGCCAUCGCAGAGAACACUGGCGGGUGGGAUUGUAAGACAGUGUGCCGAUAAGUACAACGUAGCUGCCAGGUUAUUUAACUCCAAACUCAGCAACCAGAUCGAUGCUUUCACUCGCACUUUGCCUAACUCCAGAAUCAUUUUCGUUAAUGUCUACGACUCUCUCCUCGAUAUCAUCCUCAACUACCAAAAAUACGGCUAUAGAGUUGUGGAUAAGGGCUGUUGUGGUACUGGUAGUAUUGAGGUUGCCGUGUUGUGCAACCGUCUGGCUCCCACGUGUCCCGAUGUCUCCAAUUAUGUGUUUUGGGACAGUUAUCAUCCCACAGAAGGAGUAUACAGAAUACUGAUUAAUCAAGUUCUUCAAACAUAUCUUCCUCGUCUUCUUGCUUAGCUUGCUUGAUCCUUUCAUUAUUCAUUCACCUAAUUCGUAUCUCUCUUUCUUCAAUUCUAAUUUCCCAGUUACAGUCAGUAAUUUUAAUUAACUUGAAGGCUAUAAAGUUGUGUUUGGAGUCAUUAUUGCACUUUAUAUAUAUAUAUAUAUGUGCUCGUAUAUAUGGAGUGGGCUUUUGCCUCCCAUAUCAUAUACCGCAUAUGUUCUUAUAUAUGUUUGUUUUAAUUUGUCGUUCAAUUAUACAUCGAUUGUGUUAAUUGAUUAAUAAAAUUGAAAGCAUAUAUUUCUAGCUGAGACUUGAUUAUAUAUUUGUUACUGUUCGGUUGCUUUUGUUUCUCUGGACUCUUUAUAUUUUUUCCAUUAUUAAUAGAAGCGUUCUUUUGUCAAAAAA